CCGAAAAAGAGACCCACGGUACUGAGGGGAGUCUGAUCUACGUCGAACUUCUUUGGUCUUCGUUCCAUUGCGUAAGUCCCACUCCACGAACAAAGUUAUACAUAGAUGAGAGGUAGAGCUUGGAAACCCAACAUUCUUGAAGCAAAUCAUUCAUCAGCUCUUUCAAUGGCUUCUUCUUCGAAUCCAAAAAGAUAUUACCAUGUGUUCUUAAGUUUCAGAGGCCCAGAUGUUCGCAAGAACUUCCUCAGUCAUCUUUAUGCAGCUCUAGACCAGAACGGAUUAAACACUUUUGUCGAUAGCAAGGAACUUAGGAAAGGAGAGAAAAUAUCGCAAGGGCUACUGAGGGUGAUUGAGGAAUCGCGCGUUGCGAUCAUCGUUUUCUCCAAGAACUACGCCUCCUCACGGUGGUGUUUGGAAGAGCUCUCGAAAAUCAUAGAGUGCAAGGAGCGAAAUGGCUUGAUUGUAUUCCCAGUGUUUUACAAAGUGGAACCAAGAGAAGUAAGAGCAUGGAAAGAGAGUUAUGGGAGAGCUAUGGAUAAGCAUGAGUCCAAGUUCGGAAAGGAUUCGGAGGAAGUGAAGAGAUGGAAGGAGGCUCUCUUGGAAGCUGGUAGCUUGUCUGGGUGGGAGUUGAAUGAUAGACAUGAAGCGGAGCUCAUACAGUGCAUCGUAAAGGAAUUAUCAAUUCAUCUCAACCGAACAUCCCUACAUGUCGCUAAGUAUCCUGUUGGAAUAAAAUCCCAAGUUCGAAAGCUUAUACUAUUGUUACAGAAAGAGUUGGAUAAUGGUGAUGAUGAUGUUCUGAUGAUAGGUCUAUGGGGACCUGGAGGCAUAGGGAAGACAACAAUUGCUAAGGCCCUUUAUAAUGCUAUUGAGAAACAAUAUCAGGGUUGUAGUUUUUUGGCAAGAGUUAGAGAAACUUCGAACCAGAGCAAUGGUCUACUUACUUUGCAGGAAAGACUCAUGUAUGAGCUCUUAUCUCCUGGGUGUCUAACAAUCGUUAGUGUGGACAGAGGAAUUAGUUUGAUACGGGAAAGACUAUGUUGUAAGAAGGUUCUUGUGGUUCUUGAUGAUGUUGACAAGUUGGAUCACCUAAAUGCAUUAGCUGGAAAACGCGAUUGGUUUGGAAAAGGAAGUACAAUCAUUGUUACAUCAAGAGAUAAACAUUUGCUACUUUCUCAUGAUAUAUCUUGUGUGUAUGAAGUUGGAGCUUUAGAAGACGACAAAGCACUAAAACUCUUUACUCGGCAUGCCUUCCCAAAUGGCAAGACAGUGGGAAUACAAAGGGAUCUCAUAGAUAGAGCAUUGCAUUAUGCUGCCAGUCUUCCUUUAGCCCUAGAAGUGUUGGGCUCAUUCUUACGGGGAAGAACGAAAGCUGCAUGGGAAAGUACAUUCAAUAAAUUCUCCAAAAUUCCUGAACCAACUAUCAAUCAAGUUCUCAAGAUAAGCUUUGAUGGGUUGGAGGACAAUGAGAAGGAGAUUUUUCUCGAUAUAGCCUGUUUCUUUAAGGGGAAAAGUAUAGAAUACAUUGAGGAAGUUCUUAAUAGCCGUGAUUUCCACACGACCAUAGGAAUAGAAAUUCUCAUCGACAGAUCCUUGAUAAAAGAUGAGUAUGGGAGCCUGCAAAUGCAUGAUUUGAUCCAGUUCAUGGGUAAAAAUAUUGUGAAUCAGGAAUGUCGUGAUGAUCCCAGGAAACGGAGUAGAUUAUGGCUUUUCGAAGAUGUUCAGUCCAUUCUAAAUGAAGAUACGGGACCGAAUGUGGUAAAGGCCAUAGCAUUGGACUUGCCCACACAAAAAGAGAUGAACAUUAGUCCAAAUGCUUUUGCAAACAUGAAAAAGUUGAGAAUGCUCAUUUUUCAUAAAGUCCGCAUCUCUUCACAAGGUCUUGUACGUGUCCCUACGGAGCUAAGAUGGUUUAGUUGGCUGAAUGCCCCGGAUCUAGAUUUUGGCUCUGGUUCGAAGAAACUUGUUACACUUGAUCUCCAGGGAAGUCAUAUCAGACAAUUAGGAGACAACUUCCAGAAUUUUAGCAAGUUGAAGUCCAUCAAUUUCAGUGAAUGCAGUUUCCUAGCUAGUAUUCCUGACCUUUCAUCGGCUCCAAAUUUGGAGAGCUUGAAUCUUGAUUGGUGCUUAAGAUUGGCGGAGGUUCACCAAUCUGUUGGAUAUCUUCGCAAGUUAAAAUAUUUGUCGCUACAAUCGUGCUUUAAUCUUAGUAUAUUUCCUAGUGAACUCAAGACAAAAUAUCUUCAGAAACUUCGUCUCUCUUUUUGUUCUAAACUUGAGAAGUUCCCUGAUAUUUCGGUAAAGAUGAAACAUCUAGAAUAUCUUAACUCACAAGAAAUGGGUAUUAAAGGACUCCCUGCAUCAAUUGAAAAUCUUGUUUCUAUGAAGAAGAUAGGCUUAGAAUAUUGUAAAAACCUUGAAAGGCUUCCAUCAAGCAUUUACAAGUUGAAAAAUCUUGAGUCUCUUAGUCUUGAAGGGUGCUCAAAUUUUGUCAUAUUUCCAAAGAACUUGAAGGAUUCAACUGAUCCUAAUGUUGAUUUAGGAUUCCAAAAUCUAUGCGAGCUAAGACUUACUGGUUGCCAUCUAUCAGAAGUAGAGUUCCUUGAUAGUUCUAGUUUUCCCCUAUUGGCAUGCCUAGAUCUUGCAAAUAACAAGUUUACUCAUCUGCCGACAUGCAUCAACAAGUAUGAUUAUUGGAAAGACUUGUUUGCUGAUAAACGCAAGAAAUCACAAGAGAUUCCUCACCUUCCAUCAAAUAUGUGUAACUCAUCUUCAUGUUGUGAAUGCAAAGGGGACAACGUGGACGAUGGGUCAUCACUCGAGAUAGUCGAGAUUCUUAUAAAUGGAAGAGAGAUGCCUGAAUGGAUUUUCCAUUGUAAAGAGAACUCCUUGUCUUUCAUGUUUCCUCUAGACUUAUGUGACAAGUUCUUGGGACUAGCACUCUGCGUUGUUCUUGGCCAGAAUGAAGGAAGCACGUUCGAAAAUCUAUUUUUGGUCAGCCUACUUGUUAAUGGCAAAGAAGUGUAUCGGCAGGUAACAUAUAUUGGUCCAUUGGAAUCCGAUCAUGUAAGGCUUGUAUAUAUCCCACUUGACAGAGAGAGAGUAAAAGAGAAGCUUCUGCAAAACGAUUGGAACCAUUUCCAAGUUUUCUUCAGAGCACGGGAAGGAAUGAUAAAGAAGAGUGGAUUCCGUCUAAUAUGCGAACAAAAGAAGGAUGAGCAGAGGGUCUUUUUUCCAACACCAUCAGCCGAUGGAAACAAACUGGAGUUUCAAGGAAAGAGACUCAGAGGAAGACAAUUUUCAAUGGAUGAAGAAGAUGGUCCAGUGGAACAGAACUCAACAAAGAAGAUGAGACGGUCUUAACAACAGCGAGAGUAUGGGUUCAACUCGCAGCACUUGUUGAGGUAGCGACUCUUGGGGAUGCGAACUGGGUGAUCUUGAUUCCAAAGCCUCUUGCUUUUCCCUGGUUUUUUCUCGUUUCUACUAGAAAUUUGCAAAUGUAUGCUCCUUCAAUGUCAAUUCAAAAUCAUGCCUCUUGCUUUUC